AUGGGUGAUGAAGAGCCAGUGUCGGUGUCAAUUGACGAAGUUCAGUCACAACAAACGUAUCAUCAACUGCCUGAGACUGACGUAGUUGUCACAGAUGAAAAGCAGACAAUACCACAAUUGGAAAGUGAAUCGAAGUCUAUAGAAGCUACCGACAAAGAUAGAAAAGAAGUUCCAGACCAGACAAAUGAGGAUUCAGGAAAACCAUCAACUGCGAUUGAAACAACAGACAUAAUUGGGGAUACUUUAGUGGCAAGUCCAUCACAUCCUGAUGGAAGUAAGAUUGACAAUGUUUCUGAGACUAGUGCUAGUGCGGUUGCUCCAGUUGACCUGAACAAAGUUGACGAAGUGAAAAGUCAACCAGAAGAAGCAUCUAGCACUGUAACGACAGAAAUGGAGACACUAAAAGCUCCCCAAGAAACGGUGGUCGAAGAGACUCCAGAGCUGGUGAAAGAUACACCUGCAUUAAAGGGUAAAAGGAAGCGUCUAACAUUACAAGAGAGGUUAGCAUUAGCAGCCAAAGGACCCAAAGUUACUUCUAGCACAGAUACAACCCCAUCGAUUUCAAGAGCUACCAGUCCUCAGCCAACAGAGACUGUGACCAUCGUACAGGCUUCUGCCGAGGAACUAACCGAAGCGUUACAACCACUGAGUGCUGAAGUCUCAAUCGAGCAACCCCAAAGAAACGACCAGAAACGUCUUAGCACCGAGAUUGAGCUUGACAAAUAUAUUUUGAAAGAGGAGCAUGAAAGUGAAAUACUCAAACUAAGGAAGAAUGUACAAGAUCUCAAAAGUAAGAACCAAGUUUUGAGUGAUGCUGUAGACAGAUUCCGGUCUUUGCAGGCUCAGAACAAUGAUGAUAAUGACAAAUUCAAAAGCAAGUUGGCGGAGAAGGAUGGUACCAUUAAGCAAUUGAUGGACGAAGGGGAAAUCUUAUCUCGAAAAGAGUUAAAAUUAAACGAUACGAUCAAGAAGCUACGAUCUCAAAUGAAAGAAGUUGAAGAAGCAAACAAGGGACUCUUGGAAAAGAAGGCAAAAUUAGAUCUGAUUGAUGGGAUUUUGACUUCAAAUGGAGUCAAAAGCGUAUCGGAAUUAGCUGAAAAGUGCAGUGAAUAUCAUAGCAAAGCCCUUCAAUUAGACGAAUAUAUUGGCAGAGAAAAGGCGAAUGAAUUUAUAAUUCAAGAAAGAAACGAUGCACAGAAGAAGAUGAGCGAAUUGAACAUUCAAUUGGAGCUUUUCAAGAAGCAAUCAAGGUUAGAAAUUGACUCGAAGGAUGUUCUUAUCAAUCAGUUGAGACAAGAAAACAGCAAGAACAAAAGAGAAAAGAACUCUGAAAUACAACGACUUGAAGAGAAGAUCGAAGCAUUGAGGCUCGAAGCCGAAUCUUCUUCUAACGGACACAGCAGAACUGCACGUACCUCUACCACUUCGCUUUCUCUGUUGAACAACAACAAUAUCAACAGUACUGAUGUUGAUGAAGCCAGAUCAUCAAAACUAGUUGACUACGAAGACUACAUUAAAUUGUCCAAUAGUCACCAUUCAUUGCAGGCUCAGUAUUUGCAAUCUCAAGAGACAUGGAAAUUGCUCGAAUCUAAUUUGUCAGGGAGAGUGGACAAGUUGAGUCAGACCGCAGAAAGCUACCGUAAGACGAACGCAAAGGUUACUAAUGAAUUUAAGAAGUUAGAGCAUGAACUUCAAGCCAAAUUAUCGGAGCUUGAUACCUUGAAGUUCGAAGCCAAGUCGCAAUUGGAUACAAUAGAAAAGUUAAAGUUCAAAUUACAAUUGAAACAAACAGAUAUCGAAGAACUUGAAGCCAAGUUUGAAAAUUUUAAGACUAUCUACAACAUAGACAGAGAGAAGCUUAGUUUAAAGAUUGAAAGCUUGUCCAAGAAAUUAGAAAAGAAAGAAUUGGAACUUACUGAAUUAGCUACGCAGACAAUGACGACAGUACCUUCCAGCUUUAAUGCUAGUCUGCCUAACCUUCCACUUUCCACCAGGUCUUCUCAAGCCGACAUCAACGCAUGGCAAGAUAGUAUAGGUUUAGGAGAGUCGUCCUCGUCUCCAGUAGUGGAAAGGUCGCCAUCAUAUGAGAGAACUCCUUCCUAUGGCCUUACACAUAUACGAUCCCAUGUGAGUUCUGUUCUGUUGGGCCCUGCAGACUCUAUAGAGGAAGAUUUUGAAGCGAAAUUCUCCACAAGUGAUAAUGAGAACGAUACAAUCAAUGGCAGCAACAGUUUUGUGAACGUUGUUAAACCACGACAUGCUAAUAGUAGCAACAAUAGCAUCAGCAAUAUACCAUCCCACACGAACUUGGGGUCUCAGCACAUACUUAUGUUGAAUAAGAUGGGGUCAUCGAUCCGGAGGUUCGAAGUGGAAUUAGCCACUUUAAAAGAAGAGAAUUCCCAAUUAAUCAAUGAAAAGGAGAACAUUCAAAAGGAGCUAUUGAACAAAUUUAAGUUGACUGAUGAGAUCGACAACUUGAAGAAGGAAAUCGACCUUUUACAAGGAAAGAUACAAGAGAAGGAUAAAAGUGAAAAGACGAUGUUGGAGGUUAUAGGAGAGAAGAGUGAGCAAGUGGAUGAAUUAACAGGAGACUUGAAAGAUUUGAAAGAUUUGUUAAAGGUUCAAGUUCAACAAUAUAUUGAGUUACAGGACAAGAUCACCAAAGCAUAG